GACCGAGGGACAACUUCACAUCCAGACCGAGAGACAACGACUCGGUCCUGCGGCCUCCGAUGCCACCCCACGCAUCUUGCAUGCAUAUGGCAUCCAUCGGCGGCCUGCUGUGUCCGGCUGUGCUCGCCGCUGUAUCAGGCUGUGCCAUUACUUGGGUGUGCGAGCCCCGAUGCAGAGCGACAACCGAGACCAAGAACUCACUUCUCCUUGUGCAUUCCGCUCGCCAUGCACCUUUUUCUUCUUGCCUCCAUCGACACCCCCACGCGGCUAUCAAUAGCGACUCGGAGAGUGUUCUGCAGCUUGUCCUUGGCCUUCAGCAUGCCGCCGCGGUCGCUGCCCUUGUUGCCCCGUGCCACGGUCCCAUGUCUUCAUGCAACCUCACCGCCUUCCUUUUUUUGCAUCCCUGUGUCGGGCAGGAUAUAUUCCUUGUCGUCUGCCUGCGUCUGCCCCCCCCCGGCCUCGAGUUUCUCUUCUCAAAUCCCCUCCUCUCUUCUCCGUCUCUUCGUCGCCAGCUUGUUUCCUGUCGACACCGCUCCCUCAAGUAUCCCAACUCCAGGCCGCCCAAGGCCCAGACCCCGAUCAGUCCCGUCUCUCGCUCCUCCAAGUACUCAUCACCCACCAACUACCAUCUACCGUCAUGGGCCAACACAUUCUUCUCUGCAUGGACGAGUGCAUCCCGUCAACCCAGGCUCUGCGAUGGCUCUAUUCCUUCGUUCUGCAGCCCUCCGACACCCUCACCGUGCUUUCCGUCUUCGUCGUCGGCGACUCGGCUUCGUCGCCCACGUCCCCCACGCAGCGUCAUGCCGCCCCGGCUGUCUCUCUUUCUGGCAACACCCAGUCGACUCCCUUGCAGAACCGCCUCAGCUCGCUCAUCAACAUUGUCCGCUCGGACUAUGGCCACCUCAAGUCAGUCCCCGUCCAUCUGCGCGUUGUCCCCCUCAAGAUGCCUUCGGCCUCCCCAAGCGUAAUCUCGGCAAAUCCCUUUGGCUCCUCCGAGGCCGACGUCCACCACGACGAAAGCGUCCACAUCGCCAAGCUGAUCUGCGAAAAGGCUGCCCAGCUCGGCAUCAGCUAUAUCGUCAUGGGCACCCAGGGCAGCUCGUACCGUCCCGGGGCUCCUUUGGCCGGCUUUGGUGCCGUGGCCACCUACGUCUCCUCCCACGCUACUGUUCCCGUUAUUACUUCAACCAUGCCAGCUCACUGAGCCCUGAUCGCUGGUCCUGGCUUGGCAUUUUCCGUGCAGCUGAGCUUCUUCCGUUCUCGUUUUGGCUGGGUGCUUGAUUACCUCUUAUCCAGUCCCGUCUCUUUUGCUCCCGACAGGCGUCGCCCGAUGCCGGCUCCGUCAUUGCCGUUAAGAGUGGGAUCGUCUCUGUGCCGUGUUUCCCUCCUCCCCUCCUCCUUCCCUGCGGCUCAUUGUCGCCUUCUCCCUCGAUCUUCAAUCUUUGUCCGGAUCUUACACACCGGCGAUCCACUCCCUCACCUAAUAUCCCGGCUUGGCCGUCCGUCCGUCGUGU